UUAUUAUUGACACAGCAAAGAUAAUUAAAAAAAAAAAUAAAGAAUAUAUAUGAUACGUAUGUAUGAUGUAUAUAUGUAAAUGUAUAUGUGUACACAAUAAGUGAAUAUACAAAGAAGAAGAAAAAAAGUAAAAAAAUAUAGGGAAAAAAUCUAAGAGAAGACUCAAGAGGAAGAAAUAAGGAACUACUUUGUUGUGUAUAAAAAAGUAUUCAAUUGAAUCAAAGAAAUGAUGAAACGAGAGACUAAUAGUUUUGGUCGGAUUUUCGUGAGUGGAUAUAUCGUACUUCUGUUUUUCAAAAAUGUUCAUACUUAUCCACGUGGAGAAUUUGAAUUCUCAGAACCGUCAGUGAAUAGAAAUUGGGAAUCGAAUAAUAAUGACUCUGCACAACAUGCAGUUCAGACUAAAAUUAUUACAUUUGAUAGAAAGGAUCAAUCAUCAAUUUCUACAACAAACCAAAUGUAUGAUCAGGAUAGAAGUAUAAGAGGAACUCAAAUAGGACAAAGAAGAUUACUUGAACAGAGAAAUAAUAUUGAUGGAAAAUUUAUUUUUCCUACUGAAGAUGCAUUAACAAGUGAAUCACACAAAGCAACAUUAUUAUCACCAGCACCAAUUUGUAAUGGAACAACUUUUUGUGAAAGAGUAUUUGAAUAUCCUGAAGAAAUAAUAAAUGCUGCAAUUCAGCAAAAUAAUAGUAUUAAAUAUUUAGCAACUGUAGAUGCGAUACCUGAUGUUGUACAGAGGAUUGAUGCAACAGAUGAUGCACCUCUUUGUCUAUCUACUGAACAAGUAAUUUAUCCAAAAUCUGCAGAAACUAAGAACAAGGAAUGGUUAUUUGUUAUAAAUCAAGAAAAUUUUAAACAAGGAGUACGAAUUGAAACAUGCAGUAAUGAAAAUAGUGAAUGCAAUAUAAUCAAUGGCCUUGCUGAAGGCUAUAAAACUACAUGUAAGCAAAAGUACAUUUACCGUCAGCUAGCUGCUGUUUCUAAUAAUGGUAAGAUUAAUCCAGAAAUGUUUCGUUUCCCAUCAAGUUGUUGUUGUCAUGUUAAAUUUAUUGGAAAUUCAUUGACCAGAAUGGGCAUAAUUGGUGAUCAAAGAAAUCAAAAAACUGAGAUAAAAAAUCGUAAAAAGUAAAGUACUACUUUUAUGAUACAUUUAUAAAAUUUAUAUGCCACAUUUUACUUCACAAAAAUUUUACUGCAUUUUCAAUAAAUAUUUUAAUUUUUAUUAAGCAAAUAAAAAAUUACACAUAUAUAAUAAA